AUGCAAGACGGAGGACGCAAGACGGAGGACGCAAGACGGAGGACGAAAGACGGAGGACGCAAGAUGGAGGACGCAAGAUGGAGGACGCAAGAUGGAGGACGCAAGAUGGAGAACGCAAGACGGAAGAUGCAAGAUGGAGGACGCAAGAUGGAGGACGCAAGAUGGAGGACGCAAGACGGACGUCGCAAUAUGGAGGACGCAAGACAGGGGACGCAAGACAGAGGACGCAAGAUGGAGGACGAAAGGUGGAGGAUGCAAAACACAAGAUGGAGGACUGAGGACAUGCCGCGCAACGAGUCCAUUGCCUUUAAUUAG